CUGCAGUGGAAGCGUGGAGUCUUAACCUCUGGACCACCAGGGAAGUCCCCCGUUAACUUCUACUAUUACUAGCCAGGUCUGGACCAGACCUUGGGUCUCCUGUUUGAUGCUUCUUCACCCAUGUUUUUGAGUCCAUUCAUUCAUUGGAUAAUGAUUCAGGGGCCAGUCCUCAGAGUCCCCCAGCCGCAAUUCUGUAGCAGUAUCCACAGUUGGUUCAGGUGUCCCCAGGGGCCAAACCGCCCUGUUCUUUCCACCUGAGGCUUGGUUCUCAAAGCCCCUGGGGUGUGGCUGAUCUCUCUGAACCUGGAGCUCUCUUUCCUUCCCUUCCUCCCCGGCCCCUUCCUUUAUAUCAGAGGGUGAGGCCUUUGAUUCCACGGGGUGCCUCUCUCCGCACCUUCCCUCCUGGGCUGACCUUGCCACGGAAGCCUCCGAGUAGGUCCCAGUACCAGAGUUUCACCCCGACAUUCUUUCCCAUUCCUGGGAUAACCUGCACUCUCCAAGUCACCUUCAAAAAUUUCCAUAACCUCAGAUGGCCCUGCCACACCUUUCUAACUGACUUGGGCUUGGGUUGUUGCCUGGGUUAAAAGGACUAACAAGUAAACACAGACUCUUCUUUUAAUAAAAAGAAUCCCUUGUGUUUCUCUAGAAACUUGGAGGAGCAGAGCCCUUGGUAGCUCCUGGUCACUUUGGUUCCCCACUGCCCCUUGGAGGCAGAGGCGGGGGGCCUGGGGGAGAGGAUCCUUCGGCAGCCCGGCACGUCUUCCUGGCAGAAACAAGAGUGGAGGUGGCGGAGUGUGGGGAGGGAAGGCCAGCAAGGAUUCUGGAUAGAGCACGCAUCAGUCUAUCUCCUGGCAGCAGAUAAACAGCCCACAAGAGGGACAGGGUAGAGCAGAGUGGCUGCUCUUUAGGAGGGCAGGAAGUUGGGAAGGGCAGUGACCUGCCGUGGUGAGCAGUCACUUCUGGGUCUCCCUUGAAGGGACUGCUCGCAUCAGGAGGUGAGCGCCCAAGUGAGGGUCCCUCUGGUGGCCACUUCUGCCACCAGAACCCCCGCCUGCUCUCAGGACAGAGAUUCAAGAGCCAGGGUCCCCUCGAAGGCCGCUCCUGUCCCGACCUGGCCUUGUGCCCCACCCUCCUCUGCUCUCCCAAUCAGAUGCCCGGACUUAGCUGGCUCCCAUGUUUACCCAGAGGCCAUCGGUCAUGCCGGCACAGCUACGAGCACACAGCUGGCCCAGGGAAGACCAUGCAGUUACCGGGCCACACCUGCCCUUUGACCUCCUGUUACCCCUGACAGCCUUUGAUCCCUUCUGGCCUGGAGGCCGGAGGCUGGGCGGGUGACACCCACUGACACUGAGCAGCCGGGCAGAAGGGCCAGCGGGGACAGCAGCUGACUGUGAAGAUCAGAAGAGACUUGGAAUAAGAGUCCCCGAGCUUGGGUUUCAAUCCCCAUCUAGUCCUGAAUGGUCUCAGGCAAGUCACUUCACCUGUCAAGGCCUGGAUUUUUCCAUCUGCAAAAUGGGCAAACUAAGAACAAACUGCUCCCUGUUUGUUCUCAGAGCUGUGAGAGCAAAGUGUAACUUUAGGUGUAAAUAUCAAGAAUUUGGGAGGAAAAUCAAUAGUCUGCCAGUAUUCGACAGCAUUCCAGCAAUAAUGAAAGGUUAGGAUGGAGAGAGCGGGGGUGACGGGCAUCCUUGGGGCUGCCCAGCUCAUUCCUUCUUGUCCCCGCAGGCCACGCCUCUCCUGCCGUCCUGCCCACUCCCCUCUGUGGCCUCCCAGCCAGUCCAUGGCUGCAGACGACAGAAAAGUGGCAGUUCCCAAGGAUGGGCCUUCUGUGGUCUCCUGGGUCCCUGAGGAGGGAGAGAAGUUGGACCAGGAGGUCAAGGACCAGGUGAAGGAGCGGGGCCAGUGGAGCAACAAGAUGGAGUUCGUGCUGUCCGUGGCCGGGGAGAUUAUCGGGCUGGGCAACGUCUGGAGGUUUCCCUACCUCUGCUACAAAAACGGGGGAGGAGCCUUCUUCUUCCCCUACUUCAUCUUCUUCUUCACCUGCGGCAUCCCAGUGUUCUUUCUGGAAGUGGCGUUGGGCCAGUACACCAGCCAGGGCAGCGUCACAGCCUGGAGGAAGAUCUGCCCCCUCCUCCAGGGCAUUGGCCUGGCGUCUGUGGUCAUCGAGGCCUAUCUGAACGUCUACUACAUCAUCAUUCUCUCCUGGGCCCUCUUCUACCUGUUCAGCUCCUUUACCCCUGAGCUGCCCUGGACUGCCUGCACCCACUCCUGGAACACAGAGCACUGCAUGGACUUCCUGAACCGCUCGGCAGCUGGUGCAGCGGCCCCGCCCGUGAACUUCACCUCCCCCGUCAUGGAAUUCUGGGAGAGACGUGUUCUGGGCAUCAGCGCCGGCAUCCACGACCUGGGGGCCCUGCGCUGGGAGCUGGCCCUCUGCCUCCUGCUUGCCUGGGUUGUCUGCUACUUCUGCAUCUGGAAGGGGGUCAAGUCCACGGGCAAGGUUGUCUACUUCACAGCCACAUUCCCCUACCUGAUGCUGGUCAUCCUACUGAUCCGAGGCAUCACCCUGCCCGGAGCCUACGAGGGCAUCAUCUACUAUCUAAAACCAGAUUUGCUUCGGCUCAAGGACCCCCAGGUGUGGAUGGACGCAGGCACCCAGAUCUUCUUCUCCUUCGCCAUCUGCCAGGGGUGCCUGACGGCCCUGGGCAGCUACAACAAGUACCACAACAACUGUUACAGGGACAGCAUCGCCCUCUGCUUCCUGAACAGCGCCACCAGCUUCGCGGCCGGGUUUGUGGUCUUCUCCAUCCUGGGCUUCAUGUCCCAGGAGCAGGGGGUGCCCAUCUCUGAGGUGGCCGAGUCAGGCCCUGGUCUGGCCUUCAUUGCCUUCCCCAAGGCUGUGAGCAUGAUGCCCCUGUCCCAGCUGUGGUCCUGCCUCUUCUUCAUCAUGCUCAUCUUCCUCGGGCUGGACAGCCAGUUUGUCUGUGUGGAGUGCCUGGUGACAGCCUCCGUGGACAUGUUCCCCAGGCAGCUCCGGAAGAGCGGGCGGCGGGAGCUCCUGAUCCUUGCCAUCGUGGUCCUGUGCUACCUGAUCGGGCUCUUUCUGGUCACCGAGGGCGGGAUGUACAUCUUCCAGCUGUUUGAUUAUUACGCCUGCAGUGGCACGUGCCUGCUGUUCCUUUCCGUGUUUGAAGUGAUCUGCAUCGGCUGGGUGUACGGGGCCGACCGUUUCUAUGACAACGUGGAGGACAUGAUUGGCUACCGGCCGUGGCCCCUAGUGAAGAUCUCCUGGCUCUUCCUGACCCCGGGCCUUUGCCUGGCCACUUUCCUCUUCUCCUUGAGCAAGUACACACCUCUCAGAUACAACAACGUCUAUGUGUACCCGGCCUGGGGAUACUUCAUCGGCUGGCUCCUGGCUGGCUCCUCCAUGAGCUGCGUCCCACUUUUCAUCGUCGUCGCCCUCCUGAAGACCCAGGGUUCCUUCAGGAAGCGCCUGCGGCAGCUCGUCACCCCUGACCCCAGCCUGCCACAGCCCAAGCGACACCUGUGUCUGGACGGUGGCAGCGGCCGGGACUGCGGGCCCUCCCCAACGAAGGCAGGUCUCAUGGCCGGGGAGAAGGAGACGCACUUGUAGGAUGUGGCUGGAAACCAGCCCUGCCGAGAAGCUCUGUGAUGUCCCAGUGGGCUAGAGACAGUGCCGCCGGAGCCUGCCGUGCCUGUUGGAACACCCCGUCUUAUCUGUGAAGGAGGUGGUCUUUCCGGAGCCCACCGUCUGGUUAGAACAACUGCAGUGUGCGACAGCGGAUCACCCACUGUAGGGAGGCUUCCUCUUAGCACUUAGGAUCUCUGUGCCUGGGGAGGGUAGCGCCCAUAGAGAUACACGCCAUGUUGCAUGUGACAACUGAACACCCCACGCUGGGUCCUGACGUUCCACUGGAGGGCUUCCUCACCUGGCUUAGUGUCCUGGAGCCCGCGGGAAGGAACCAGAGAAACGGCCACCGUUGUCUUGCAUUUUCCCGGAGGCGGUGUCACAAGGUGUCCCCAGCUCCAGCCCUAGUUCCACGCCCGCCUUGCAGUGGUGUCCUUAACGCACAGAGCAUUGGGGUGGCAGGUGCUCAGGAUGGCCCCCACACUUGGCAAAUAGGCACGACCAUGGACCUGCACCCAGGACAGACAUGGCUAGUCGGUCGCAUGUUCUGUCCCAGCUGAUGCCUUCCAGAGACAGUGCCCCCGGCAGCUCCCGACCCCGACUUCAUGGAUGAGGAAACUGAGGAACCCAAGGGACAAAAUGAUUUUUCAAGUUCAUGAAGCUCCUCGGGGCCAGAGACACGACUAAAGCCGGGUGUCCUGCUCUCAGGCCGGUGUCCCUCCCACUGCCCCCUCCUGCCUUGUUAACAAGCACCCAUGGAUCACCUGCCGUGUGUGCCAGCCUUCUUUCUGUUCAUUGUGGUUCUUGGGGUAGGAGGGAGAGAGUCCCCCUCGGGUGGGGGGGGAUGUGAGCAGCCCGCCCAUAUUGGCAGCCCUACCCUGGCAGCUCCUCCACUAGCUCAUACCCCUCUGACCGGAUUUCCUCCCUGGACUUUGGUCUUCUUCCCACUUUCCACUUCCCCUCCCCCAGGGUUUGCCUGGGCAUCUGGGAGAGCCACCCCCUGACUCCCACGGAGAGAGGUGUGGGGUGCUUCUCUCCCCAGGCCCCUGCCAAACCGCGCCAGACCUUUCCCUGGCUGGGGAAGGCUUCCUGGAGGAGGCUCUGUGGUCUUGUGUUCCAACGGCAAGGUGGGGGGGGGUCUGUGGGGGGUAGGCCACUUCUGGACAGUGUCCUGGGGAGAACCUGGGGUCUGGAAGAAGGGCCACCGCCUGCAGUGAUGCGAAGGUAGGAAAAGUCACUGCCUGGUGACUGGAGGAAAAAUCUGUGGUCCAGCCAGGAUGAGCUCCAGCCUGACAGCCCCGGGCAUCCUCAGAUCAUCUGCCAUCCUUUGCCCAGAUCUGCGAGGGCUUCUCAGCUUGUGAGAAUAGGGGCGCUGGCACCCUGGGCACAAGCAGAUGUCCAGACCCCUGGGUUCUGAACGUUCCCUUCUGCCUCUUUCUGGACUGCUCGCGCACUGGU